AGCAAAAAACUCUCAAUGAGGGAGUUCAAAGUGGUCGUUCUGGGUAGUGGAGGUGUCGGAAAAUCGGCGUUGACGGUGCAAUUUGUCAGUAGCACAUUCAUCGAGAAGUAUGAUCCGACGAUUGAGGACUUUUAUCGCAAGGAAAUUGAAGUGGACGGUCAACCAUCAGUACUGGAAAUUCUGGACACUGCAGGAACGGAACAAUUUUCUUCGAUGCGGGAUCUUUAUAUCAAAAAUGGACAGGGCUUCGUUGUUGUCUACUCGAUCACCAGUCAACAGACGUUUCAUGAUAUUCGAAAUAUGAAAGAGCAAAUUGUCAGGGUUAAGGGAUCCGAAAAUGUGCCGAUUUUGUUAGUUGGAAACAAAUGCGAUCUUUCACAUCAGAGACAAGUACGAUCAGAGGAAGGAUUGGCGUUGGCCGAAAGUUGGUCAUGUCCAUUCACUGAAUGUUCCGCAAAAAACAAUCAAAAUGUGAAUGUCACAUUUGCGGAAAUCGUACGAGAAAUGAAUUAUGUGCAGAAUAAAUCAAGACAAAGCAAAUCAUGUUGCUCUCUGAUGUGACCCGAAGCUUCAUCCCCCAUCCCAAACAUCCCAUCCCAUCCAUUCUCCCUGUUUUAUGAUCUUUUACCCCUCCAUAUACCCCAUUCAAUCGAUUCGUUGGGAUUCACAAAAUUGCUCAUUUUAUAUCCAUAUUUGCACAUGUAAAUCGUCCACGGUCGUGUCACUUUCUAUUUAAACCUGCGAGAAAUUCGAUGGCGAAAAUUCGAAUUUCAAUCAAUUUGUAGAUUUUUUACGGGCUCACAUUUUCUCUUUUUUUCCCCCAUUUUUUUGUCAAUUUUUGAUUGAUUUGCAUGACUUUCCUUCUUUUUUUUCCACCCAACCCCUUUCCAUACAAUUUUCGUGUGCUAUGAACAUGAUGAACUUGCUCCAAUUUUUUCCCGAUUUAUUUCACUAAAAAAAAACAACCUACU